GAACAAGCAAACGUUAGCAUAUAUCUGUUAGCCUUAGCAUUUCAAACGUGGAUGACGUCACCUUGUUUGUCCGGAAGAGAUUAAAGUAAUUAAUAACGCAGUGACCUCUACUGCUUGCUUUUUCGCCUUUAAACACUGGAGACAUGUUUCGACGCCUCAUUGAGUGGCUCGGCCCGUUGCUGUGCAAGUGCGUACGCUAUCUUGGAUGUCGCAGAUCUGCUUGUAGGUAGUGUUUUUCGUUCAUAAGAACGAGUCUUUUUAGUGAACGAAUUGAACUGAAAACAGUUUAUGAAAUGAUUCGUUCUUUUAGCUUGCCCUCGCCGAGUCGGCUGGGAGCGGAAACGGAACUGCUGAAGCGUUCUGUCACUCGCUUCUGAAUCUUGGGUGAAUGACCAAUGAGGUGCCUUCGUGCAGUCGGGUGCGGACUUCAUUCAACAUACUGCCAUGUGAUUUGCUGUUCGCCAGCGUUGUCACUCACUUCAUGACCAAUGAGCAGCUAGCGUCAGGCAGCGCCGUGAAGGCGGGGGAGGGACUUAAGUGAACUGAGUGAUUCGUUCAGUGAACAGUUGUACUGAAGAGUAAUCCGUUCAGGGGAGGGACUUAAGUGAAGUGAAUGUGCUGGUGUACAGAAGAACUGAAGAGUGAUUCGUUCGUUGAACAGUUGUCCUGCAGACACGGCGUGCACAGCGCAAAUGAUGGAGAGCUCGUGCUGGCGCGUCCCGCUGGCGUGCUGUCGGCCUCGCGUCCUCAUCCUCCACGCCCUUUUCUGGGGAGUCGUGGCCUUCAGAGUUUUUGGAGCCGCCCUGCUAGCAGAAGACAAACUUGCAGCAGUCAAGGUCGCCGUCGCCCCCUGCUGGCUGCUGGAGGAGUUUGUGGUGACUGCCGAGUGCUCUGAGUGUGACGCCUUCCAGACGAAGACGCGGCCGGCGUGCGGCCAGACGGGCUACGUGGAGAAGGUCAACUGCACCAAGUCCAACCGAGACGAGUACAAGAGCUGCCGCUCGGCCGUCAUGGAGGAACACCUCUUCUGGAAAUUCGAGGGGGUCAUGUUGUCCGUGACGGCGUUGUCGGCCAUCUUGGUGGUCCUGCGUCAGCGCCGGCUGGACCGUCUCGCCUCGGAGAAAGUCCGCCGACAGAUCGAGUCCAUCUAGCGGCGACCUUGUCCUACUCUCAAAUCGAACUUUCAACACUAAAUGUUUAAAAGAGGACGACGUGUCAUCGCGUCUACAUGAGGAUUUCAAGCCAAAACACUGAUUGCGCCGCAAGUAAACAAACUCUUAUUUGGCUGAGACAGAACCACAGAAUUGAUGAUUUUAGUCUUCUCCAGCGCCCGAGUGACGCGUCAGUCGGAAGGCCGGCUGCCCGUAAUUAGUUUCAACCUGCAAGUUGGCUCAAACACUGACGUUGUGGGAAUUGGGAUGUGGUUAACUUGAUCACUGAGGGGCGGCUAACGAACGGACCUUUCUGUUCCUCGGAUUGACGUCGCAGACCUGCUCGCUCGGCGCUCAAACGGACGGCGCGCUGCAAGCAGGCGAGCCGUCCAGAAGUUUGGCUUGAAUGACUCGGACAAGCUAAGCACACAUUUUCAACUUUUUUCCCCACAAACCCGAUGGCGGACGUUUGCUUUGCAGUCUGCCGCUUCACAAGCGGCGAUGUCUUCUCGGAUCUUCCCUGUACAACAUCCACUCUGUUUAUCCUCAAUUUUCAUUGUUUUUUUUUUGACGGAACUGGGGGUAAAAAACGACUCAACUUUUGGGGAAUAACACCAUUUUCUUUUUUUUUUUACAUGGUUACGAGUUGAACUGUUGCAGCCACUCAGAAGGGUGCACCCCCUUUUUUGUUGACAAACACGAAAAGCUCGAUGAAGGCCAUCGUGGGACGUUCGACACACAACGUUCACGGGUUACACAUCGUUUGUUGUGGAUCAACGUGAUCAUUUCAUUUGUAUAAAAAACUGUGGAGCAUUAGAAAUGGAACAUCAUAAAAACAAUCAAAGAUUAAAUCGAGUGGCUUUAAAAGCGCCUUAAAAGAGUCUCUGCGAUUUGAUCGGGUGCCCGGCGUCCGUCAGUUAAUCGGCUCGUAGCUGCUCGUCGAAGCCGUCGGCCUCUUCCGGAGGCACGCAUAGACUCCGCCCAUCAGCAGGAUAACGAGCGGGGCGCCGAGACCGACCGCCACGAUGGCGGCCACCAGCGGGGAGAAGGCGUCGGCGGGGGCUAGGCCGACGCCGACCAGGGCGGUCCUGCGCAAUGAUGACAAAAUGGAUUCAGUCACUCGGCGCCAAUUACUAAUAAAGGGAAUUUGAUAGGGUUAUCCCUUUACAGUGAUUCAAGAGCGAACGACUUACUCCAUUGAUUGCAAUUAUUCAAUCAUUUCCCUACUUCCCAAUUGCUAGAUACAGCAGCGGCCGACCAAUAGAGGGCGCUCAGAU